ACGUCCACCGUCCAGCACCCUUUUCCUCUCCCGUCUCUACCAUGCAACUCGAGCUCCAAAACUCCAAUUGAUGCGAAAACGACCAUGAUGAUGAUUUGAUUACACCAAUUGAUUAAAAUUUCUUUUUCUUUUCUUCAAUCAACACCAAAAUGUCAGCCUCUCUCCCCCACCGAAGCGUCGCCAACAUCCGAGGGGCUGCUCCUACAUCUUCCUCCCGCAGUGGCAGCAGUCACCGUGAGCGAGAGAGCUCCAGCCACCGAGACCGCGGAGACCGUGAUCGUGAAAGAGGCGACCGUGACCACUCCGGCACAUCAACGCCCGCGCGUCCAAUUCCUACUUUCAACACGCCAUCCAGCCUUCGAGCAGAGGAGGAGCUCAUUGUUGUCGACUUUGGCACGCGGAAGAUCCAGGUAGGCUUUGCCGGGGACUCGGCGCCUAGGGGCAUCGUUUGGUUUGGUCCGGAACAGCAGCGGAGGAUUGGUGAUUUCAGGGACUGGCAGACGGAUUAUCACCAGGAUUGGAGGUCCAAAGCUGCGGGGGGGAAUUGGGGAAGGGAUUAUGAGCUUUGGAGGCCGGAUGUGAGGGGCCUGGAGCUGGGGCAAGUUGGCGAUAAGGUUGAGAAGGCCGUGAGGGAGGCUUACACGAAAUACAUGCUCAUCGACUCUCGUCCUCGUAGGAUGGUCUGCGUUGUACCGACAGGUCUUCCCAUCCCUCUUCUAUCAGCUGCUUUGGACAGCCUCUUUCACCGCUUCCAACCACCAACAGUCUCGCUGCUAUCAUCGCCAGUUGCUGUGGCCGUCGCUGCCGGUGUACGCUCCGCGCUUGUCGUCGAUCUCGGCUGGAACGAGACGAUAGUCACAAGUGUCUAUGAGUACCGCGAAGUGGCAACUAAGAGAACAGUCAGAGGAGGAAGAAGGUUGACGGAGGAGACUCACCGUUUCCUUGCCAAAGAACUUGGUCAUGUCCAACGAGACAGCCGAGACGACAAGCAAGAAUAUGUCUUGUCCUUUGAAGAGUGUCAUGACAUUGCGAACCGGCUGGUCUGGUGCAAGCCCUUCAAGGCAGAGAAGACGCCCAAAUCCUCACCUCCACAACCGGCAUCACCAGAAGGGGAAGGGCUGGCCACUGUUGAAGAAAGUGAUGAGGACAAACCCACCAUCACCAUCACCACCACUACCACAACCACUGCCGGCGAGAAACCACUACCCCUGCCACCCAAAGUCACCAUCAUCCCACUCCGCUCCGGCCGAUCCCCAACUUCUGUCGAGGUAACCUUUGACCAACUCUCGGAGCCCUGCGAAAACACUUUUUUCGACUCGCAAUACUCUCUCUCCAGCUUCGACGACCACGAGCUACCUGUGCACUUACUGGUCUACCGCGCCCUUCUCCAGCUUCCUCUCGACGUCCGAGCGCUCUGCAUGUCCCGAAUCAUCUUCACGGGCGGGGGUACCACGGUCUUGGGUCUACGCAAGCGCAUUUUUGACGAAGUGUGCCACAUUGUUCAGGAGAGGGGGUGGGACCCCGUCUACGGAAAAGCCAAGGAACAACUACGGACGAACCCGAAACUGAAGAAGAGGCACGGCAGGCAGACAACAAACAACAGCAACAGCAGCAGUAACAACAACAACAGCAACAACACUUUGACCACGCCCGGGGGUGUGUCCCCACCUACUGCUGCUGGUGGCGCCGCAGGAGAAGGAGGAACAGCAGCACCUGUAAGCGGCCAAGAAGAAGAUGGCAUCUGGCAUGACGCGGCCAACUCGGUCCCGGAAGUUGAUCCGAUCGAGGCACAACUUGCUCGUACCAACCCCGCCUCGAACGGCCGCAAACCCCUCCAAGGCCAGCUACGAGCGAUCGAAUCCCUUGGUCCCUGGGCAGGCGGCAGUCUGAUCACGCACCUGAAGGUUUCUACGGUGUCUACAAUUGACAAAGACCAGUGGACCCAGCACGGCGUCACCGGGGCAACGGUCAGGCAAGCAGAUGUGGAGGCCAAGACGCAGCAAAGACUAAGCUGGAACGCGAUGAACAGAGGUGGGAGGGAAGGGAAGGAGCCGUGGACUCUGGGCGUCUGGGGGGCUGCUUGAGCUUGAGGUUCAUUCACCGCCUGCCUUUCCUGGCUGGUGACGUCGACAAGGUACUUGGGUAUCUGUGAAGGAGGGAUGUACCUAUCUACCUGGGUACGAAGGAAGGCGGUGAGAGAGAGUGACCGAGCGUUUUCAACAGAAGGGGACCUUGACGACCCUCGGUCUGAGCAGGUUUAGUUGUUUGCUUCCCCUGGGUGGAGAGGGAGGAUGAGCUAUGGGAUGAGAUGAAAGGAAAGGAAGAAAUUAUCACUCAGGGCAACAAGGUCACACAAGGAAAGAAAAGUUUUUGUAAGCAUCCACUUGCGGUUGGCCCUGGCAAUUUCAAUCACCCUGCUUCGUUUACUCUCACUUUGCUCUGCCUCGUCAGGUUCCGAUUUCGGGUUGUCUUGCGCCGUGUUUGUGGCCGAUAUCGCGUUGCUGGGUCAGUUAGUUGCUUGGGGGAUAUAAGCUGGCUCCUUCUUGUCAGGUCGUUUUGGCAGGGUGAGAUAUUGUUGGUGUAUCCGAGAGCUGGCAGUGGCCGAGUACGUUUGAGUUGCCAUGACGAUACCCGUUUGGGAAUUCCCCCGUCAAGUUUCGAGCACACAAGGCAGGUUCCCUUUGGCAAGCAAGAUGCUUGUUUCCGUGUAUCCCAAGUGGAAGGGGGCGCAGCUGAGCUGUUGCUUGUUCAUAUCAGAUUCCAUAUUACGCAGUCAAGUCUCGGUUUCGCACAUCACAGACACUUGCGAGUGGUCAGAAGAAUAAAGGAACCCUGACUAAACAAAUGACCGCCCAAUACUCUUGCACUCAACACCACGUCUUGGUCACACCUCUGAAGAAGAGCUUCACGGCAUGCAUUUAC